AUCUGUCUCUGUGUACUGUCUGUCUAGGAUAGCUUUCUUCACUAGUCCACUUCACUUAGUAUUUUGUUACAAAAUUUAUUUUAUUAUUUUCUAUAUCAUUGUUUAUUUUUUAAUUUGACUUUGAGAUUGUAUGAAGAGAAAAAAUUAAAAAGCCAUUAAUUGCAUAGUUACAGUUGAUUACUUUUUUAGUUAAUUUCGAUUUUUUUUCUAAACUACAAUAAGUCUAGAUUUGAUAGUAGUUUUUGAUUACCUAUUUGAUUCACAUCCACAUACAGAUUUGUAUUUCAGAUACAUUUAAUGAGACAGUUUCAUCACUAUUAGAGCGUAAGGUACGUGGUUGGCUUAGUGGGGUUAUUGAAGACAUGCGACGAAGUAGCCCAGUGCAACAAUGGCUAGAUUCCUUGCCUAGUGAGGAUGCAAAUUUACAAGAAGCAACACUGAAUUGUAAAAAAGAUGAAGACGACUCAGACACUGCUGAGAACAAGGCAGAGGAAUCAAUUACUGAUAAUACUGUGAUUGAAACACAAAAUGAUUUACAAGAAGACAAAAGUUUAGAAGUACCAGAUCAAAAGGAGCUGUUGAAGAGAAAGUCUUUAGAAAGUGGAGUACUUAAUGAUCAAUUAAAGAAUAAAAGUAAAUUGCAACGGGACCAUUCUAUACAAUCGGAGGGAUAUACUCCCAGAUUGAAAAAUCCUUUACUUCGGGAUCACUCUUUGCAAUCUGAUGGAAGUGGUUCUAGUGGCAGUUCUGUACUAAAUGUUUUGGGUGCAAGGAAAGUAGACGCAGAGUCUGUUCUCUUGGCAUUGGGAUUUGGACCCAGUGAAAAACAGCAAAAACUACAAAGAAUACCGGAUAGAUUUUUGGUUCCAUCCAAGUUAAAGGGGAUAAGUACAGAAGAAUUUAUAAAAAAUGAACAGCAUUCAAUGAAGAUGCAUGACUGUGGAGUUUUUGGUUACAGAGGAUUAACAGGAAAUCCUCAUGUUCCACCGUCGACAAUUGUAGCUAAAAUAAUAAAUUGUUUACUACAAGACGAGAUGUGUCGAGAGGAAGCUUUAAUGCGUACGCGCCAUUCUAUAGCGGAUAUGCGAAGUGCGCCUGCCAUACACGCUUGUUUGGCGGCAAGAUUUAGGAGCACCUGAGUUAUCGUACCUGGUAUAAAAAAUGGCAUUAUAUAGGCUUUUAUUCAGAAUAGACCUUAGUACUUAAAUAGAAUUUCUUAAUAUGGCUGACAAUUACUUACUAUUAAAACAGUCAUGGUCAUAAAUCAAAGUGCCUGGUGUCAUUUUGAAUUUUGCAUUUAGUUACGUUAGUACUUAUUCAAAUAUUUAUUUAAAUUUGUAUAAUAAGACUAAUGCGAUAAGUCCUGGCUUUAGAAACUUAAACAAAAAUCCUGUGUACUGUGUACUUAAAUGGUCAAUACUAAAAAUGUGACUUAUAUACAUACGCCUUAUGCAGUAAGACCCGAGACCUGGUAUAGAAAAUGUUUAACAUAACACCUGUGUAAAGCUUUAUUUUUAAAUUGGAAUUGAAUUCCGUUAUGCCAAGCAAGGUUGUACUAUACAACUCUAACCAUUACCUUAUUUUAAACUAGGUCCAUGUUUUUGUUUAGUCCUAGUACUUAAAUGUCAAAAUAUGUAUACUUAAACUGUUGAAAAGUUGUACUUAUCAAUUUAAGACAUAAAAAAGCUCAAACGUUCGAUGUGGUUUGAAUAUAGAGUAUGUGAUUUAAAAUAAAAAUAUCAUUGCCUUGAUGCUUUGUGGUGAGGUUUUGUAAGACAAUUUAUGGUUUGGAAUUGCCAAUCAUUUUUAUAAAUCUUUUAUUAUGUUCUGUUUAGUUAUGUCAUAAUCAACUUGUACUUAAGUUCUUAAUCAUCUCUUUAAUUCCGAUAAACAAACAUAUCUUACUAUGACCCAUUUUUUGUAGUGUCUGAGUAAUUAAUCAUACAUUAUUCUUCUUCCUUUGUAAUCAUAAAAAAUCAAUUUAAAUACAUUUAAUAAAAAUUAGAGUUGUUCUAACAAUCGUGCCAUGUUUAAACAUAGAAGUUAUAUCACAUAUCUUUAUAGAGGUAGUUCUUAUAUACACCUUAAUACAUAUAUAAUAACUUAAUUACUUACUUAAAUUAUAUAUUUAUUAUUAUUAAAAGUUUCUACCCUAUUUACCUAGAUUUUUUGAUAUAACUUUAAAUGUACACUAUAAGAUCAUUUAGGUAACUUGAUUUUUAUAUAUUGUAACAUCACUGAGUCAAGCCCAAAAUAUCUUAAAGUAUUAGGAAUAUUGAGUAUAGUAUAUGUUAGCUCAGACAUUCAGUAGAAAAACCGUGUUCGACGGUGUGAUUUGUUCUUUCUUGCCUGAUUUUUGUCCAUAAAAAUUCAGGCAAAGGCAGGCUGUGUUGAGCUGUGCCUUCCAGCCAGCGGAGUUCAAUAAAUUAGAAACCUGAAAAGUUGAGAAAGGUUCUGAGAUCUUACCAAUUUCCUUGCCGGAAACUUAAUUGUUGAGAUAGUGUGAAACUAAAUAUAUUUUUUUAGUAAGGCGCUGCUCUUAAAUCUAACAUUUUAUUUAACUAACAGUAAUUAGUAGAACUACUGUGACAUUUUUAGUUUGUCAUUAAGUGAUGUUACAAUGUGUUGCAGCCAUAUUGUUUGGUUGUGAUAGUUUUAAUUUACCAAUACAAGAGUUUAGCUUGAUAAAUAAAUAUUUACUUUUUCUGCACAAUAUUCUCAAAGUUCUAUAGUUGUGAUGAAGAUUACACAAGUUUUCUCUAAGUUUAUUUUUUAGAUCUUUGUUGUAUCUUUAUCGAAUGUGCCAACUGUUUAGUUCAUUUAAGUCCAAAGACAAAAUUUCAAACUUGCCUCAAUUUUAAUUUAGUACGUAGAUAUUUCUUAAAGGAGUGAAUUUGUUUAGGAUAUGUUAAGGGCAUUUUCAUAUUUUCUCUUGUUGUAAAUGUUAAAUCAAAUGUUUCUUAAUCACUUACGCUGUUCAAUUUUUUCUAUAUCAAAAUGGUAAAUAAGUUUUGUAAAAUUAACAUUCCUAACUAUUUGUUUGGCCACAAACACAUCACAUUAAUAAGGAAAAUCAGUUGUUUUUAUAUUAAUUUUUUUUUAAUAGUGACCAUACUUAUUCUACUAGUCUAUAAACACAAAUUAAUCUUAAUUUCAUUUAUGCAUGUACUUAAAGUUAAGAAACCAAUUUUUAAAUUAGGCCGUGCCUUAUAUCCAUUUGCAUAGAUUAAUCUGUGAACAUUAAUAUUUUAUAGAGUUAAUGUGUGUAAUAUCAUAGUUCCAUUUGAUUGCUCAUUUUAUGUUAUUAUAAUGUUAAGUUUGAUUUAUUAAAAUUAUUUAGGGAAAUGUUACAAAUCAUAGAUAUAAUCAAAGAUUAAAUUUUUUUAUUAAA